GCGCGCAGCUGCCCGGCGGGUCUUUUCUUGCCUCGGUACCUUUUUCCCGGGAUCCAGUUCCCGCCGGGCGGGACUCGGAACCCCGAAGGCCGCGGCCCGGAAGUGCGUGCAGCAGCGAUACGGCAAGUCAUUGGGGACAGAGGGAGUGUGCUGGAGGAGCCGCGAGGACGGUGCGAACAUGGCGGCCUUCUCCGAAAUGGGUGUUAUGCCUGAGAUAGCCCAGGCAGUGGAAGAGAUGGAUUGGCUUCUCCCCACUGACAUCCAGGCGGAGUCUAUCCCCCUGAUCCUAGGAGGGGGUGACGUGCUGAUGGCUGCAGAAACAGGAAGUGGGAAAACUGGUGCAUUCAGUAUUCCGGUCAUCCAGAUAGUGUAUGAAACUCUGAAAGACCAACAGGAAGGCAAAAAGGGGAAAACAACAAUUAAAACUGGUGCUUCAGUGCUCAACAAGUGGCAGAUGAACCCAUAUGAUAGAGGCUCUGCUUUUGCGAUUGGGUCAGAUGGGGUUUGUUGUCAAAGCAGAGAAGUGAAGGAGUGGCACGGAUGCCGAGCUACCAAAGGACUGGUGAAAGGGAAACACUACUAUGAAGUAUCCUGUCAUGACCAAGGGCUCUGCAGAGUCGGGUGGUCUACCAUGCAGGCCUCCUUAGACCUUGGUACUGACAAGUUUGGAUUCGGCUUUGGUGGAACGGGAAAGAAAUCCCACAAUAAACAGUUUGAUAAUUAUGGAGAGGAAUUCACUAUGCAUGAUACUAUUGGAUGUUACCUGGAUAUUGAUAAAGGGCAUGUAAAGUUCUCCAAAAAUGGAAAAGACCUUGGUCUGGCCUUUGAAAUCCCCCCACAUAUGAAAAACCAAGCCCUCUUUCCUGCCUGUGUUUUGAAGAAUGCUGAGCUGAAAUUUAACUUCGGCGAAGAAGACUUUAAGUUUCCACCAAAAGAUGGAUUUGUUGCUCUCUGCAAGGCACCAGAUAGCUAUGUGGUCAAGUCACAGCAUUCAGGCAACGCACAGGUGACUCAAACAAAGUUUCUCCCCAACGCUCCCAAGGCUCUCAUAGUCGAACCCUCCCGGGAGCUCGCUGAACAAACUUUGAAUAAUGUCAAGCAGUUUAAGAAAUACAUUGAUAAUCCUAGAUUAAGGGAGCUUCUGAUAAUUGGAGGUGUUGCAGCACGGGACCAGCUCUCUGUUUUGGAGAAUGGGGUGGAUAUCGUCGUCGGGACUCCUGGAAGGCUAGAUGACUUGGUGUCGACUGGAAAGCUGAACCUGUCUCAAGUUCGGUUCCUGGUCCUGGAUGAAGCAGACGGUCUUCUUUCUCAAGGUUAUUCUGAUUUUAUAAAUCGGAUGCACAGCCAGAUUCCUCAGAUUACCUCUGAUGGAAAAAGACUCCAGGUGAUCGUUUGCUCUGCUACCUUGCACUCCUUUGAUGUGAAGAAGCUGUCUGAGAAGAUAAUGCAUUUUCCUACGUGGGUGGAUUUAAAGGGAGAAGAUUCUGUUCCAGACACUGUGCACCACGUGGUUGUCCCUGUGAACCCCAAGACUGACAGACUCUGGGAACGGCUGGGGAAAAACCAUAUCCGGACCGAUGAUGUCCAUGCAAAAGACAACACAAGACCUGGGGCCAACAGCGCAGAGAUGUGGUCUGAAGCUGUCAAAGUCCUGAAGGGAGAGUAUGCCGUCCGAGCCAUCAAGGAGCACAAGAUGGACCAGGCAAUCAUCUUCUGCAGAACCAAGAUCGACUGUGACAACUUGGAGCAGUACUUCAUGCAGCAGGGAGGAGGCCCUGAUAAGAAAGGACACCAGUUCUCGUGUGUUUGUCUUCAUGGUGACAGGAAGCCUCACGAGAGAAAGCAGAACUUGGAAAGAUUCAAGAAAGGAGAUGUAAGAUUCUUGAUCUGCACAGACGUAGCUGCCAGAGGGAUUGAUAUCCACGGUGUUCCUUACGUUAUAAACGUGACCCUGCCUGAUGAGAAGCAGAACUACGUGCACCGCAUCGGCCGCGUAGGGAGAGCAGAAAGGAUGGGACUGGCCAUUUCUCUGGUGGCGACCGAAAAAGAAAAGGUGUGGUACCACGUGUGCAGCAGCCGCGGGAAGGGCUGCUACAACACCCGGCUCAAGGAGGACGGUGGCUGCACCAUCUGGUACAACGAGAUGCAGCUGCUGUCUGAGAUAGAAGAACACCUGAACUGCACCAUUUCUCAGGUGGAGCCAGACAUAAAGGUUCCGCUGGAUGAGUUUGACGGGAAGGUUACCUACGGUCAGAAAAGGGCCGCCGGGGGUGGGAACUACAAAGGCCACGUGGACAUCCUGGCCCCUACCGUCCAGGAGCUGGCUGCCCUGGAGAAGGAGGCCCAGACCUCCUUCCUGCACCUGGGCUACCUCCCCAACCAGCUCUUCAGGACCUUCUGAGCUGUGGCCCGAGUUGGCACACUGCGCGCGCACCGUGCAUCAUACAAGCUCUGCAGGCCAGGAGCCGCCUGGUGAAAAUAAACCUGCCGGCUGCAUUCUCAUGGCAGCACCUGUCUUACUGCACAAUUACACUGACAUUUUUCUUUCUUUUAGUUUUUCGCAUAUGUGGGUGGUACUUACACUUACACAUCCUGGGAGGUCGGUCCGUGUGUGUAACACAUCUUGACUCUUUGUUUGUCCCUCCCUGCAGCUCCCCUCUUUUGGUCCCUUCCCAUUGCAGAAGAUCUAUCUCCCUGCUUCCUGUGAUCUUUUAUUUUGCUGACUUUCUCAGGGAAGAGAAACCAUGCGAUAUUUAAGCCUGAUUUAUUUCCUGUAACAUCCCGGUCUCAGCAUGCAUCCCUUUUCCUACAGGGGACUCAGGUUUCUCCUUUAUGGCAGAGCAGUGCUCCAGUGUGUAAUACUCUAUUUCCUGUACUGUUUCUUAGAGCACUGUAGGGUACGGGCAGCGUCUGGAAUGUGGAUUGCGACGCUCCAGCCAGCCUCCUGGGAGUGGGCCUUCAGAGGGCCGCGGGUGUGCAGGUCGGUGACGCGGCUGGAGCAGCACCGUCAUGUGGAGGGGAGACCCAGGGUGGAAGGCCGGCGAGGGGCGCGUGUGCCUCGGCAGUCGGAGUCGGGCCAGUUCAGGGUCUGGAUGCGGGUGGGUGUGGGUGGCGGUGCGGAUGUAUAGGAACCACCAGAAGCUGUGUGCCCAGGACAGUAAAGCUGCUCUGCUGCCCUUCCCACCCUAAAACCAGGGCUCAGUCAGCUCUCUGGAGUAUGCUUUUUAAAAGCUUGUGUCUUGCCUCAGACAUCACAAGGAAAGGGAAAUUAAAAUAGGCACAAUUGCAUUGUU